UCUCCAAGCUCAUCCGAUGAAGGUACUAAACGAAGAUUCUUACAAAGAAGUUUGAAGGUCAGGCACUUGCAAAUGAUUUCUUUAGGGGGUACAUUGGGAGUUGGGUUAAUUUUAAAUUCCGGUAAAGCAUUUACCAUUGCAGGAGGAUUUGGGGCAACAUUAGCAUUUUUCAUUAUGGGAUUGAUAGUAUUGGCAACAAUGAUGUCCUUUUGUGAAAUGGUAACUUUUGUAUCUGUGGUUGACGGAGUUUCCGGGUUAAGUUCACGAUUUGUGGAUGAUGCAUUUGGAUUUGCUGCAGGUUGGUUGUAUUUCUUUUGUUUUGCAUUUGGAGUAGCUGGUGAAAUUGUUGCUGGUGUUAUCAUGUUGUCGUUUUUUCCUAAUCUUCAAACUACAAAGAGCCAAGGUUCAGCAGCUGGAUUCGUUACGUUCUUCUUUGUUGCAAUUUUAGGAAGUAACUUGUUGGAUAUCAGGAUUUUCGGAGAAAUUGAAUAUAUGUCCAGUUUGAUCAAAGUUCUUUUCAUUUCGGUUAUGAUGAUAGUAAUGAUUAUUCUUAAUAGAGGUGGUAUGGGAGGUGAUGUACUUGGGUUCAGGUAUUGGACACAUCUGAAAUCAGAUUUCGAAAACAAUAUAAUCUUUGGUUUAUUUAGACCAACAUUUAAUUUGCAUGAUACUGGGACAAGUUCACCAACAGAGGGAAUUGGUGGUGAUUUAGGAAGAUUUAUGUCAUUUUUGGUUGCAUUAUUGGUGGUGGCCUAUGCUUAUAGUGGGACAGAAAUUGUUUGUAUUGCAGCAUGUGAAGCUAAAAACCCUAGAAAAACCUUGCCUUCAGCCACUAAAAGAGUGUUUUGGAGAAUUCUUCUUUUCUAUGUAUUGGCUACAUUCUUGGUUUCGUUGAAUAUUUAUGCCGGUGAUCCUAGAUUGUUGAGAUAUAUCCGACCAAAAAUGGCAGUGGAAGAUUUCCAGUCAAACCCUGCUAUUAAUGCGGUUGGGGGUAUUCAUUGUAAUUUUGAUCCAACUUAUUUUGCUGGAUAUCCCAGUGGUGCACAGAGUCCAUGGAUUGUUGCAUUGCAAAGUGUCGGACAGUGUAGGUUUGGAUCAGUUGUCAAUGCAUUUUGGGUUUUCUUCGCCGUUAGCUGUGGGAAUGCUCAAUUAUACGUGAGUUCAAGAACCGUAUAUUCACUUUCACUUCAAGGUAAGGCACCAAGAUUUCUUAGUUAUUGUAAUAGAUAUGGUACUCCGUACAAUGCGGUGCUAUUAGCUGGUAGUUUUGGAUUGUUUGCAUAUUCAUGUGUUUCUGAAUCGGCCACGGUUGUGUUUCAAAACCUUUCUACAAUUACCGCGUCAUCGGUUAUCUUUAUUUGGUUUGCAAUGUGUCUUACAUAUAUUCGAUUUUAUUAUGGUCUUAAACGAAGACCGGAUAUUUUAAGUCGAGAUGAUGAAUCAUACCCUUUCAAAUCUCCUUUCCAACCAUAUACUGCAUUGGUGGGAUUAGUUGGAACUGGGUCUAUCAUAUUUGCCCUGGGUUACACUGUUUUCUUGACGGGUGAAUGGAACACAUUGUUUUUCUUUUCAAGUUACGGGACAUUAAUUGCCUUUGCCAUAUUGUAUUUGGCAUACCGGUUGAUUAAAGGAACGAGUAUACCAAGUUUGGAUCGUUUAGACUUUGAUGCGGGUAGAACUGAAAUGGAUAGAUAUAUUUGGGAUGCUGGUAGAGAUUAUAACGUUCGGAGCUUCAAAGAUGUUGCACAAAAGAUUCUUUCAUUUCUUGCUUGAUAUUACUAAAGUUUAUAAUGUAUUAAAUAUACUUGUUUUCAUAAAAGUAAUAAGUUUAUAUAAAGAGUUUUGUGAAGAAAUGUUCAAUUUUAUACCAAAUUCAUUGUAUUUCGUGCUGGU